AAUAAAAUAAAUAGAGAUGAAAGAAAGAGAAAGAGAAAAAGAGAAGGUUAAGGAAAGGGAGGAAAGAAGGGUUGCGUAAUAAAAGAAAACGGACGGUGGUGAUAGGCUUUAUUGUCUCAUCUCAAUCGUCUCCUCCUUGCUUUCUUCUCCAGCGUCCGAUUCUCUUCCAUUCUCACCGAUCUCAUCUUAAACUCGCGCCAAAUACAAAACUAAUCACAGCCCCCCAGAUUAGGGUUCCGGCGACUAUGGCCGACGGUCCGGCUAGCCCAGGCGGCGGCAGUCACGAGAGUGGCGAGCACAGCCCUCGCUCUAACAUCCGAGAGCAGGAUAGGUACCUUCCCAUCGCAAAUAUCAGUCGCAUCAUGAAGAAGGCGCUUCCUGCUAAUGGGAAAAUCGCCAAGGAUGCCAAAGAGACCGUUCAGGAAUGCGUAUCCGAGUUCAUUAGCUUCAUCACCAGCGAGGCCUCCGAUAAGUGUCAGAGGGAGAAGAGGAAGACCAUUAAUGGUGACGACUUGCUCUGGGCGAUGGCCACUCUCGGUUUCGAGGAUUAUAUUGAUCCUCUCAAGAUUUACCUCGCCAGAUACAGAGAGAUGGAGGGUGAUACCAAAGGUUCGGCCAAGGGUGGAGACGGAUCUGCUAAGAAAGAUGUUCAACCUAGUCCUAAUACUCAGCUUGCACAUCAAGGUUCUUUUUCACAAAGUGUUAGCUACACAAAUUCUCAGGGUCAACAUAUGAUGGUUCCUAUGCAAGGCCCAGAGUAGGUAUUUAAGUCCUCCAGUUGCGGUAACGUGUGUUUUCAAUGCCCGGUGGAGCUUUAGUAGGUGCUCUCGGCAUAUUGAAUGUAUUUUAUGUUAUGUGAAUACUGACAUAGGAGACGUUCGUUCUUGUGUCUGGAUAUUUCUUUUUUAAAUUAAGGUUUGUAUAUUUUCUUUGGAGUAGAA